AUGGAGGUCCAGAUCCCUUCUCCGUCCGUUUUCCUAAGAAAGUCUCCCAUCAUUACUCCAGCGCCGGUUGUGCAACCGAAGAUAGCGGCCAUCACAAAACCCAAAGUCAAUGCUCCUCCUAAACCAGCGAACAAGUCGGUUCAAGAUGGGGCGGUGACGAAACCUAAGCAGAGCAAGAGCCGAAAUGGUUGCAUGACAUGCAAGAAGAAACGGCUGAAAUGUGACGAGACAAAACCCUCCUGUGUGCAAUGCCAGAAGCGAAGCGUGGUGUGCGAAGGCUAUAAGAAAGACUACAAAUGGAGGACAUUCGAGGAAACCACCUUUGCGCCGCGACCUGCUGCGAGGAGAAAGGUGGUACGAUCGAAUUCGUUCUCUACAAGUCAAAACGUUACACAGCCCCUUCAUAUCACUGGCGGCGGGCGAUUGGAGUCCACCCAUGUCGUCGUCGAUCCCUCCCACCCUUCGCAGACAUGGUCACCAGGGUUGCAUUCUGCUUUCGAAACAGCAGCUCAUGCAUUUCAAGAUCAGCAUGAAGGGCAAGACCAGAGCCUGGGCUCAAGUCCAGACAGACAGGCAGAAUUCCACUUUAGCAACGGACAGUCUCCACCAUUGGAUUUGACGCCAGACUCCGUUUUCAUGCCUGCAUUUGAGGUCGGAGACAUCUCUCCAGGUGUAGCAUUUGGCGACGCAAUUGAUCCAUACAGCCUGACUACCACCACAACGGGGUCUUCUAUCAACGACAAUAAUAGUGCCAAGUCACUCUCACCGGGCUCUCCCAAGAUGCUCGAUCUUCUUUUGUCGGAUACAGAUAUGGUCCAGCCAUCGAGCCCACGGGAAAUACAUCCGCCAAUGUCUCUGCCCCCCGAGAUGCAAAUGGAGGAGGACUUCGACGAAGAGAUCAUUAGAUCUGACGCCAUCGCUACGUCUGCCGCCAUCCAGCUUCCCACGCCCUCGUCACUUCCGGAUGGCGCUUUCCCCAAUCCCGAGUUCCAGGCAUUCCGUGCAUCUUCACCCACACCAAGCGAGACGUCUACCGCGUCCUCAAGAUCCAGCGACAUGACACUACUCGCUCAGCCCUCACUCGAUGCCUCAUCACCGGAGAUGCUCAUGCUGCGCUUCGACAGACAGACCUGCGGUAUUCUGUCUGUUAAGGACGGUCCGACAGAAAACCCGUGGCGCACUUUGAUUUGGCCGCUCGCUCGAGAGUCUCCAGCACUGUACCAUGCUAUUUCAUCCAUGACGGCUUUCCAUGGCGCACAUGAGAUGCCGAAUUUGCACGUACCUGGGAUGGCUCAUAUGACGAAGGCCAUCAAGCGGCUCGCGUCCGAGAUUGAGAACAUGCGCUUGGACUCGGCACUGGCAACUUCUUUGGCCCUAGCUUUCGGCGAAGGGUGGGAUCGUCAUGUGAGCACAGGUGUGCAGCACCUUCGCGGCGCAAAAGUCAUGGUCAAUAAUGCAGUGGUCAAACACAGGCGCGACAUGCAGCUGGGGCAGAUGACGACCCAAGAUGCCAACAGACUCAAAUUUCUCUGCAACACUUUUGUCUAUAUGGAUGUUAUCGCUCGCUUGACGUCCAUAGAGGAAGCCCAUGAGCUCAAUUUCGAGGAGAUCCUCACAACUGUCAAUGCGUCAUAUGGGGAUCAAGUCGAGGUCGAUCCGCUGAUGGGUUGUGCCACAACCCUCUUCCCCUUAAUUGGUCGCGUUGCGAAUCUCAUCCAGCGUGUACGUAAGACGGAGUCGAACUCUCUCACUGUUGUCUCAACCGCCAUGGAGCUCAAGGAACAGUUACAACAAUGGCAAGUGCCUAAUCUUUUGGUCUUUGAGCGACCAGAAGACCCCAACUCAGAGGUUCAGCACUCGAUUCAAACGGCUGAAGCCUAUCGAUACGCUACAUUGCUGUAUCUUCAUCAGGCGGUUCCCGAAAUCCCCAGUGAUCCAGCAUUUUCGCUGGCCAAAAAGGUACUGGUGACACUGGCUUCUGUUCCCCUAUCGUCGCGAGCGACGAUUGUCCAAAUCUUCCCCCUCUUCGCAGCCAGCUGCGAAGUAACGGACCCGGAGGACAGAAAUUGGGUGACACAGCGCUGGGCAGCCAUGAUUACCCGGCUCAAAAUUGGCAAUGUGAGCUCGUGUUGGAGUGUUGUACAAGAAGUCUGGCACCGCAGAGAUACGUAUGAGAGUGAAAAGGCAAACAGACUACUCAGACAAUACGCAAGUCGUGGUGUCCCAGGUGGCAACUUUGUGCCACCCGUGUUGGAGAUUCCACCUGGGCUGAAGAGGAAGGCACAUACGAUCGAUUCCGCUGCCAUGCCUCACAACGGACUGUUCGUUCGCAACCAGAACCAACCUCAACAUCAGCAGUCUGGCGGAUUGGAAGAGCCGGAUUCAGCUGGGAGGCCACUCAGACGUCGCGUGACCACAGAUACCACGGGAAAUGGAAAUAGGAUGCCAAGCAUGUCGUUGAAUAUGCCAUCUAUCUCGACGCCUCGACGCCAAACGAGCGACAUAAUCUCGCCAGACCAACUGGAACGCGAGUACACAGUGAGAGGCCAUCUGCACUGGCUAGGCGUCAUGGCCGAUCGAGACUGGGAAGUUUUUCUCGGUUGA